AUGCAACACGUGAAUGCUUAUAUCAAUGAGUGUUUGAUCCAGGGAGUGUGCCAAAAUGCAGAGUGUCUGAACACACAGGGGAGUUUCCGAUGUGCGUGCAAGCCUGGCUUUGUGAUGGGUCCAUCGCGGACGCACUGUAUCGUGAUGGAGAAGCCUGCAGAGAAGGGGCCCUGUUACCUCCUGGUCAAUUCCGAUGAGGGCUGUACAUAUCCUCUGCGGGGUGAGCUGACCAAACAGCUGUGUUGCUGCACAGUCGGCAAGGCAUGGGGCUCAAACUGUGACCCCUGCCCUAACCCCGGAGCAGCGGAAUUCCAGGAGACGUGCCCAGCCGGAAUGGGUUACCAUUUCUCCAGCUCCCACCAGAAGAUUAGCAUCCCACCUGGCAGCAACAUCCUGCUCCGAAUCGAUCCCGACGGCAAGGCUCGGAUUGUCCAAUUGCCGGUCACUAUGCCCCCUCCGGUAACUCCGGAGGCAGAUCCCAGGAAUAACGUCGAGGCUUCCACGGUUGCAAUGUUACCCACGUUCAGUCUCCGAGAGGAAGUGUUCUCAGCCAGUUUCAUUCCCUUCGCUUCAAGGUUUCCGGUAGAAUUGGAAACACGACCUACGGCCCCUGCGGUUAAGGUCCUGCCUUCAGAUCAGCCGAUGGAGUUCGGCCCAUCCCAAGUCAUUGGUAGGGUGCCGGAGCGGUGGCUGUGCCCAGAGUGGGGACUCCUGGCUGAGGUAGGCCCUGAGCGGGGACUCCUGGCUGAGGUAGGCCCUGAGCGGGGACUCCUGGCUGAGGUGCCACGUCAAUGCAAAGUUGCUGUGCUUUCCCGUCCAGACGUCAACGAGUGCGAGGAGAAUCCCUGCGGGGCCCGGAAGGGCGAGUGCAUCAACUACGUCGGGACCUACAGCUGCCUGUGUUAUCGGGGCUACCAGUUACAGGAACUCCCAGAAGGUAGCACUUGUGUCGACGUUAACGAAUGCGCCGACAGCCGCUUGUGCGCCAACGGGCAGUGCCUGAACACCGAGGGCUCCUUCUACUGUCGCUGCCAACCUGGCUAUCGCCCGGUCAGCCACCAGACGGCUUGCGAAGAUAUUAAUGAGUGCAACAAUCUAAAUACCUGCCCAAGGGGAAAAUGCAAGAAUAAACCCGGCACAUAUGAGUGCGUUCCCUGCCCAGAGGGAUUCCGAAGUCAGACCGGAGAGUGCUAUGAUGUUGAUGAGUGCAUGGACCGAUCUUUCUGCCUAAAUGGAAAGUGCAUCAACACUAAGGGAUCGUACAGUUGUACUUGUAGCAAAGGAUUUAAACCAGCGCCCGAUGGGAAGAGCUGCCAAGACAUUAAUGAGUGCAGUGAUGGGCAGCUCUGCGCCAAUGGCCGCUGUUUGAACACGGAGGGGUCCUUCCAGUGUCGCUGUCGCCCUGGCUACCGCCUGUCCAAUCAUCAGACUUCGUGUGAAGAUAUCGAUGAGUGUGCUUUGAAUCGCUCGCUGUGCAUGCCGAAUGGUGCCUGUGAGAACACAGAGGGCUCCUUCUCCUGUGUUUGCGACACUGGCUUCAUCCUUUCGCUGGACACAUACACUUGCGAAGAGCCCGAGAGGCCCGAAGACAAGAAGGAGUGUUACCUCAGUCUCGAUGAUACGAUCUUCUGCGACAGUGUCCUUGCGACCAACAUCACAAAGGAGGAAUGCUGCUGCUCUCUAGGGGCAGGAUGGGGCAACCACUGUGAGAUCUACCCCUGCCCUGUGCACAGCACAGCUGAAUUUCAGUCUCUCUGUCCAGACGGGGAGGGAUUCCUGGUGACCGACGACAAUCUGUUCGGCGUUGGGAUUCCAUCGUACAGAGACAUCGAUGAGUGCACCCUGUUCGGCCAGGAAAUCUGCAAGGAAGGAUUCUGCAUGAACACCCAGCCUGGCUUUGAGUGUUACUGCAAACAAGGCUUCUACUAUGAUGGGUCCCUGUUUCAGUGUUUGGAUGUGGACGAGUGCCAGGACGUUCAGAGCUGCCCCAACGGAAGGUGCAUCAACACCGAGGGGUCCUUCACCUGCCACUGCCCUCCGCCGAUGACCUUCGACAAGGUGAAGAGACGUUGUGUGCAGCCUGUGGUUCUUAUUGGUAGCUUCUCCCACCUGUGCAACAUAACACGAUGGGUUCCGAACGUGCGGCCAGGCCGAGGGGUGGAUCAGAGGCAGAACGAACAGAUGGACGUUUCACAGAGCAGCAACGAUAACAGUUCUGAUGAUGACUCCGACGAAUGCUCCUGCCGACAUGGAAGGUGUGUCCGGGGACGAAACAGGUGUGAAUGUUAUAAAGGCUUCCAGCUGGACAGCAGUGGGAAAUGCAGAGAUAUCAAUGAAUGCCGUGAGAUACAUCGCAAACGGUUCCCGUGCAAGAAUGCACGUUGCAUAAAUACCAAUGGAUCGUACCGGUGUACCUGCUACCAGGGUUUUGUGCCCACAAGGCGCCACAACAUCUGCAUACGCCGGAAGAUGAGUUAGGCCGCAGUGCGGACAAUGCAUCAACGAAAGAAAGAUUACCCUCGUCGUCCAUAUUUUGGCCUGCCAAUCCUCAAAAGGAAAUACUUAUCAAACAUUAACAUUGAAAAUACCUGUUUAAUUUUUGGAAACACCUAUUUAAAUAUUCUGAAAAAAAAUGGGUAAGACACCUGAUUUAACUGUUAUCCCAUCUCAUACCUACAAGUUGGUGGAGUUUAAUUGUCCAAUUUGUCUUUUAUAUUGAUUUGUGUUUUCUAAAAAAAAAGUGGGAAGAUUUGACACACUCAAUAUGGCGGCUACUUUGAAAACACAGACACUAUUGUCUAUAGGAUAAACCAAAGAACUGCUGGACCCUCAUUGUGGCGACAUGUAUCUUUAUCUCGAGGAGAUUUAAACAUGCAGGCACUCGUCAACAAGAAAGAGAAUUUGUGACUGGCAACUUCAGUAUGAUGGCAGCAGGUGUAAUUACAUCAGCUGCCAUAUUGAGUGUACCAACAGCUAUUGGAACAUAGAGCUGGAGUGGGAUCUGCCUGGAAGCCACCACUUCAGCCUGAACUGCGAUGUAGAUAAUUAAUAAAAGAAAUGAACUUAACAGCCAA